AUGGAAGUUGAAGAUAAUCGCACAUUGAUUACUGAUUUUGUGGUAGUUGGGUUUACAACAGAUCCAUUUCUACGCACAAUUCUCUUUGUAGUGUUUUUGGCACUGUACAUCCUAACACUGAUUGGGAAUCUGGGCCUUAUAACCCUGAUCUACCUGGACUCCCGCUUGCACACACCCAUGUACUUCUUUGUGGGUAGCCUUUCCUUCCUGGAUGUCUGGUACUCCACAGUCUACACUCCUCGGAUCCUAUAUGACUGUUUGUCUAAGAACAACCACAUUUCCUUAGCCGGUUGUGCAGCCCAGUUCUUCUUCUCUAAUGUAGUUGGUGGGAGUGAAUGCUUCUUACUGGCCUUCAUGGCUUAUGACCGCUUUGUGGCCAUCUGCAACCCACUCCUUUAUGCCAUUGCUAUGCCCAAGAAGCUCUGUAUCCAGCUGGUGGUGGGAGCUUAUACAGUGGGAUUUGCCAAUGCUAUUGUACACACUGGUAAUACCUUCCGCCUACAUUUCUGUGGUAGUAAUAUCAUCAACCACUUCUUUUGUGAUGUGCCACCAUUGAUGAAGAUGGCCUGUGAUGACAAAAGAGUAUAUGAACUCAUUCUGACUGUUGUCAUUGGCUUCACUUUGCUUUCGGCCACUGCUGUUAUUGCAAAGUCCUACAUUGGUAUCGUGGCAGCCAUUAUUCGCAUCCGUUCAGCUGCAGGGAGACGCAAAGCUUUCUCCAAUUGCUCGGCUCACCUGGUCUCUGUCUCCCUCUACUAUGGCACCAUGCUCAUUACAUACUCUGCACCCAACUCGCAUCACACCGCAGAUUGGGACAAGGUAAAUGCAUUGUUCUAUACAGUAAUCAACCCUCUGGUCAACCCGUUGAUUUACAGCUUACGCAACAAAGAUGUGAAGGCAGCUUUCAAGAAAGUCUGGGGGAGAUUCACAGCCCACAAAUGA